AUGUCGUCGACACGUCAGAAGGGGAAGCAGACAGAAGCAGCAGAUAUCCCACUUGAGAUUUCGGACUUGCAUUGCUUUACAGAGACGAACGGUGUGAUCACAACAACAAUGUUUGACAUUCCUGGUUACAAGGUCGUACGAGUUCUAGGUGCAGUAUAUGGAAUUACUGUGAGAUCGAGGAAUUGGGCUGCUAGCCUUGGCAUGGUAGCCAAGAGUGUAAUCGGAGGCGAGCUGAGAUGGUUCACAAACAUGCUAUAUUCGGCCAGAAAUGAUGCCAUCAGCCGUAUAGUGGCUGAGACCCAGUCCCGCGGCGGCAAUGCAGUCAUAUGUUUAAGGUUUGAUGCGGGAGAUAUGGGUGGCUUCGCCCAGUGUUGCGCCUAUGGCACAGCUGCAAUUGUUGAGAAGGUGGAUCCAAAGACCAUGACCGCGUCGCAGUUGGAGGUUACAGCUGAUAAGCCAAACCAAUGA